AUGAUCCCACAUUACGCCGACAGCGAUGAAUCCGGCAGCCCGAAGAAGCUUCGCCGAAGGACUCUGGCAUCCGACGUGCUCCCGCUGCCUCUGUGGCUGACCAACACGGUGUUCCUGCUCACCUUCAUCUUCUCCUGCUGCUACCUGCUCCAGCAAUGGCGCGAGCAGCUCUACUCGUCGGAGAAGCUUCACGAAUUGCUCUGGCGAGAUCUCGUCGCCGUCUGCCUCGGUAUGGGCUCCUUCAUUUACCUUAUAAACUUCUUCGGGGUUGGAUUCGUGCAGUCGGCCAUCGAGCAGAGCAUGCUUUCCGAGGAGGAGGACGCGAAGGAGAUGGAAGAGGAGGACGAUGACGAGGAAGGGGAAGACGAGGAAGAGGAGGAGAAAGAUCCCAAGCAGCUGCUUUCCCGCCACAGGCGCAACCAUCGGCGCAACCAUUCGCGCGGGCACUAUGCCCCCCAUCAACCAGAGCCCUGGUAUAAGCCCGAACCCAUCCCAACUCCCGUUACUGCCACCCCCGCUAGUACCAACCCCUCCAUUUCCUCCUCCGCCACUGCCACCCCCGCUACAACCACAUCCGCUUCAAGCGCGCUUGCUCCCGCGGCGCCCAAGUCCUGCACCUUUAAGCUCGACAGUUCGUCUUCGCUACCAGACGUCCCGUUACAGGACCUCCCGGACGACGACAUUGCGCGUGCCGUCGCGCGCGGCGCCAUCCCCAUGCAUUCCCUCGAAACCCAACUCGGCAACACCCUCCGCGCCGCCGCGGUCCGCCGGCGCGCCGUGGAGAUCAAAACCGGCCGCUCCCUCGCGGGACUCCCCCUCGAGAACUACGACUACGACGCGAUCCGCGGCGCGUGCUGCGAGAUGGUGAUCGGCCACGUGACGAUCCCCGUGGGCGUCGCAGGCCCCCUUCGACUCGACGACGCGGAGUUCUUCGUACCCAUGGCGACGACCGAGGGCUGCCUCGUCGCCAGCACCAACCGCGGCUGCAAGGCCAUCUGCGCCGCGGGCGGCGCGCGCAGCGUCGUGCUGCGCGACGGCAUGACCCGCGCGCCCGCCGUGCAGCUCCCCUCCGCGCUCCGCGCGGCUGAGCUCAAAGCCUUCGCGGAGAACCCGCGCAACUGGGUUCUCCUCGCGGACGCCUUCAACAGCAGCAGCCGCUUCGCGCGCCUGCAAACCCUCAGCGUGGCGGUGGCGGGGCGCAACGCGUUCAUCCGCGUGGAGAGCAGCACGGGCGACGCGAUGGGCAUGAACAUGGUUUCGAAAGGCACGGGCAACGUGCUGGGCGUGCUCGGCGCGCAGUUCCCGGACAUGCGCGUGGUCAGCAUGUCGGGCAACUACUGCGCGGAUAAGAAGGCCACCGCCGUCAACUGGAUCAAGGGGCGCGGCAAAUCCGUCGUCUGCGAAGUCACCAUCCCCGGCCGCGUGGUCGAGUCGGUGCUAAAGACAACAGUUGCCGCCCUGGUGGAGCUGAACACGACCAAGAACCUCGUUGGCUCAGCCAUGGCGGGCGCGGUGGGCGGCUGCAACGCGCACGCGAGCAACAUCGUGACGGCCGUGUUCCUGGCCACGGGGCAGGACCCCGCGCAGAACGUGGAGAGCUCGCAGUGCCUCACGCUGCUAGAGGCGGCCAAUGGCGGGGCUGAUCUGCACGCUUCUGUCAUGCUGCCGGCGAUCGAAGUCGGCACCGUUGGGGGAGGAACCUUCCUUGCACCGCAGGUGAGCAGGCCGUCUCUCUCCUUGUGUCUUUCGCAGUUUAGAAUGAAAGGUGUGCAUGGUGCACCAAGCACUGGGCAGAGACGGCCAUUAUCGUGUCAUUGCCGGUCAUUAUGCAUCUUCAGCUAUCCUGCCUCAACAUCGGCCUUACUCCCCUCUUCCCGCUCUCUCUCUCUCUCUCUCUCCCUCUCUCUCUCUCUCUCUCUCUCUCUCUCUCUCUCUCUCUCUCUCUCUCUCUCUCUCUCUCUCUCUCUCUCCUCCCGCUCUCUCUCUCUCUCUCCUCCCGCUCUCUCUCUCUCUCCUCCCGCUCUCUCUCUCUCUCCUCCCGCUCUCUCUCUCUCUCUCCUCCCGCUCUCUCUCUCUCUCUCCUCCCGCUCUCUCUCUCUCUCCUCCCGCUCUCUCUCUCUCUCCUCCCGCUCUCUCUCUCUCUCCUCCCGCUCUCUCUCUCCUCCCGCUCUCUCUCUCUCUCCUCCCGCUCUCUCUCUCUCUCCUCCCGCUCUCUCUCUCUCCUCCUGCUCUCUCUCUCUCUCCUCCCGCUCUCUCUCUCUCUCCUCCCGCUCUCUCUCUCUCUCCUCCCGCUCUCUCUCUCUCUCUCCUCCCGCUCUCUCUCUCUCUCCUCCCGCUCUCUCUCUCCUCCCGCUCUCUCUCCCUCUCCUCCCGCUCUCUCUCUCUCUCCUCCCGCUCUCUCUCUCUCUCUCCUUCCGCUCUCUCUCUCUCUCUCCUCCCGCUCUCUCUCUCUCUCUCCUCCCGCUCUCUCUCUCUCUCCUCCCGCUCUCUCUCUCUCUCCUCCCGCUCUCUCUCCCUCUCCUCCCGCUCUCUCUCCCUCUCCUCCCGCUCUCUCUCCCUCUCCUCCCGCUCUCUCUCUCUCUCCUCCCGCUCUCUCUCUCUCUCCUCCCGCUCUCUCUCUCUCUCUCUCUCUCUCUCUCUCUCUCUCUCUCUCUCUCUCUCUCUCUCUCUCUCUCUCUCUCUCUCUCUCUCCUCCCGCUCUCCCAGGCGGCUGCCCUAUCCCUGCUGGGCGUGAAGGGGUCCCACAGCACGCAGCCGGGGGCGAACGCACAGCAGCUGGCGCGGGUGGUGGCGGCAGCAGUGCUGGCGGGGGAGCUCUCGCUCUGCUCCGCCCUCGCCUCGGGCCACCUCGUGCAGGCGCACCUCAAAUACAACCGCUCCACCCUCAACUCUUCUGCCUCCGCCUCCUCCGUUGCUGCUGUUGCUGCUGCUGAUACCGCUGCGGCUGGUGCUGCUGGGGCGGCUUCUGCUGCAUCGGAGGGCCUCUGCAUGGUCAGCAAAUGCUGA